AUGUCCGCGAGAAGAAGGAGAAUGGAACGAAAGAGGAGAAGGACUCUGCGACGAGCCUCCUCAAGGUCUUCAAGCAAGGCAUCAAUGUUUUCGAAGAUCUUGAUCAACGGCCGCCGCCCCAUUGAAGGAAAAGCGCAGCACCGAGCCAACGUCAUCGUCGAUGUCCUGGUGAUCCUCCAGACAUUGCUGAAGCGCACGGACCUGCUUCAUAACAUGGACUGGACCAAGGUCGACAUCAUCGAUUAUGAGAACUUCCUGCAGCUCGUGAAGACGUAUCGCCUGCGAGACUCGGAGAUUCUGGAGGAUGAGCAGAUCCUGAACACGCUCUACCUCAUGGUGAAGCAAGCCUUCCCUUUCAAGGGCCUCGUCUUCCUGGAGUACCUGAUGGAGGUCGCCUACGGUGACCAUCGGGAGGAGCACACAACACUGCAGGACAUGGCGGCUGUGUGCUGCGCCAUUAUCUCUACACAGAACGCCACCGACGCCAGCACUCCCACCGUGAACGUGGCUAGCGUGGUGAAGGAUAACGCGGCGUUCGUCCAUGCACUGGCCCGCGUGCCGGAUCCGAAGAUGCAGAUCUGGCACUACCGGCUCUUGACGGGCUGGAGCCGGCGACCAAAGGUCCUGGAUGACCUGGUUGGAGAUGGCGAAGCACUAAAGUUCAUCGUGGACCACCUUCUGGAAACGCACCUCUGUCGAUACAGCGUGGUCAUCGUUCACAACAUCAGCAUGCUGCGGAGCGGCGCGCUGAUCUCCAAAGAAGGACACCUUUCCACGAUCUGUGAGGCCUACCGUCAGCUCAAGCCUGGUGCUACACUGCACCGUGCGGACGAGGAUCAGCGGCGGCUCUUGCGCCGCCUCCUACUCGCCAGUGUACGAAACUGUUUGUGGAACUCGUCAGAGAUCCACAAGGAGCUUGCGGAGAGCGACAUGGGCAACAUCAUCCAUCUGGUGUCGUGCGUGGAGGAACCGGACUUGCCGUUCUUCAUGGCCAUGAUCAUGUACAUCUCGGAAGGCUGCAACAUCAACCGUGUCCGGCAAGUCAUGUACGGCAACGCACAGAUGCUGGAGCUCUUCGUCCGGUGCAUGUACCAGCAGGUCACUGCGUGCGUAGUGAACAUGGAUGCUCCGAAGUUCGAGUCCAGCCUAUAUGGCCUCAUUACGGAAGAGGAAGCACGGCGGGCAGAGCAAUACGAGGCCCUGGUGGAGCACCAGGAUGCCAUCUCCUCAGCACCCAAGAAGCAGACGGAGGCCUACAAGAAGCUCCUUGCUAUCCCGGGCUCGCCGGCCGCCCGUGGAUUGGGGAAGACCGCAAGCCUCUACCAGAGGAGCCGGCGCAAGGGACUCCAUCCUGUCUCAGCGGCGAAGGGCGAAAUCGGAUCGUCGCUGGGCGGCGGCGGUGGUGGCCGCAAGUUCUCGGAGGCCUUGGUGGAGGAGAGGCGCGGGCAGCAGGAGUUCCUCUACUUCUCUGCCGUGGAGCUGCUGACCUUCGGCACCUUUGCUGGGGAUGAGCAUGACCAGAGGGACCCUCCCCCCGAGGAGGCCGAGCCACACAGGCCGGAGGUUGUCGAGGCGUUGCAUGCAGCCUUCAGCAAGUUCCCGAUGGCGAAGUACCUCAAGAACUUGGCAGAGCAGGUGCAAAAUCACAAGAACCUCAAGGUGGUGCUGUCAGACAUGUUCGUGCACGUAACAACCAAAUUCCUGUGGCACUGCUGGACUCAGCCUAUCUUUAAGAAGUACCUCGACACUCCGGCAAAUUUGCAGAUCAUCGCACAGCUGAUCCCCUUCUUCAUCAGUUGGCCGAACCCGGACGUUCAAAACAUGAUCGCAGAGGUCUGCCUGUAUGGAGGGCUCCAUCGAUUUACUUCUGUCUGCGACAUUCUCAUUGCCGAGUAUCGGGAGUACCCGGAACUCUCGUGCGCUUUGCUUACACGCUGCUUGAUCAGCCCCAUCGAGGAGACGGGGCUGAAGCCCAAGCAGGCCAUUGGCUUCCUGCGCAUCUUCGUCUGCUUACUUCAGGAGCGUGCGUUGAGCCACACCGGGCUGAAGCGAUUGGCUGUGGGCUUGGAGACAGCUCUGGUCAUGGACAACCCGAAGGGACUCUGCGGCAUCCUCGCCCAACGUGAGCACGAGCUCCUUGCAGAGCUCUUGGAGGCAUUGUCGCAGUUCAGCGAGUCAGCUGCCGUGAAGCAGUGCAUGGUUGUGGCACUGACGAGAACUGUGGGCAAGCACUACAAGGCAUUGCCAGAGCUGGACGACUUCAUCUUGUACACCGAUCGCAUUUGGAGUGUAGGUGUCGUGAGUGUGGUGAACUUCUCUGAACAACGCGGGCGCAUCUUGGACAUGUCGGUCCCUCUGCUGGAUGCCGAGUUUACGCUCUACAUGCCCGUGCUCUACAAGGUGGCAAGCGAAGGUGGGCGACGCGUUCAGGGGCCGAUGCUCACACGACACAUUCAUCUUCGAGUGGCCCGACUUCUGGAGCAGGCCGUGGCGGGGCUGGAGGCGGACCAGCACAAGAUCGAGGGCUAUAACGAUGAGGACGAGGAGGCCCCGGCGGUGGUGGGGCCGAAGCUGGACAGCCGUGGCCGCAUGCAGUGGUGCUUGGCUUUCCUCACCGCUCUUGCAACGGUGCAGGUCAAGGAUAGCAGUGGCUCCCAGGAAGUCUUCCUGGAGAAGGCUCAGUCCAUUCACUUCGACUCCUUCGUUUGCGUCGACCUGCUGCCAAUGCUAGUUCGGAUUCUGCGCCAGUCACCCGAGCCUUUCGAGGCAUUGGCCGUGUGCUUCCUACUGAGCUCGGUGAGCACUUCGCCCUGCUUGCCACCGCACAUGCCGGACGUUCUUCGAAUCUCGGAGAAAGCCUUCCCCUCGCUGCUAUCAGCAGAGGCACGAGCAUCAGGAGGUCAAGCGCAAGGGCUGGAAUUCGAAAUGGAGCAGCAAAAGCCCGAGGACACCACCUGGAAGCAUCUGAAGAUACCUCAGCUCAGCCGCAUCGAAGCCGGAAUCCGCCGCUGCUUCAUCCACCUCUUGUCUCGGGCAGCCCACGUGCCGAAAGGAAACGCGUGUUUGCUGAACAGCCACGCUGCAUGGCACUUCUUGACAAGCCUUGCGUCGGAUCCGGACCUCUACGGCGACCCGGGGGCGUGCGUGCAUGCGAAGGUCUAUGCCUUGGCCUUCCUCCUGCAGCGUUUUGACGACCACAAGCUCAUGAUCGAGCUUGGUCUCAUGGAGCGGCUCCUAGAAACCAAGGACCAAAUCAAGCAAGAGAUGCCACAUCGUAUCCAAGAGCCUGACUUACCGGACCUGCGACUUCCCUGGAUCCACUGCGUUAUCAGCUUGGUCCUCCUCUCAGGUCCCAAACUCUUCGCCGGCAGCAAGGGCCGCGAGUUUGAGCAGCUUGUCGCUGGUGCGCUAGACUUCGCCAACGACCUGCAAUUUGAAGGCAGAAGCAAGAUCCAGCGGGAGAUGCCUGGCCUGGCGUUGGACCUCGAAUGCCAGCAGGCACUGGGAGCUGCGCUGGCGCCAUUCAGCACCAAAGUCGCCCACUUCGCGAAUCUGAAGCCGAAGUUCACGCUGUACUUGCUGGCCCUCAUCUGCAGCGCACCGACACUCGGGCUCCGACAGCGUGCCUGUGAAUUCCUCACCGAGAUGCUGACGAAGGGACAGCAGCCACACCUCGCUGGCGCAGCCUUCUUGAAAGCAAACUGCUUGGAGAGCUUCCGACGGAUUUUGACAGGGCCGCUGGAUGAGCUGGCAGCGUCCACAUCACAGGCGAUGAUCGCCUUAGCAUCCUCCUGCUAUGAUGUCCAUGCCCACAUGCUGCAGAUUUUGGACACGGUCCUGACGGCUAUCGGAAGCCCAUCUUCAGGUGCCGCCAGAGUGAUGUCGCUGUCCGAGCUCUUCGUGGGACUGACUGCGACGCGAACUGCAGAAGCUGGAGGCAUCCUGGAGAUGCCCAGCGUGAUGCCUUUCCUGGGCCUGGCCCGCUCGUCUUACUCUGCGCGCCGAGACUUGGUGCAGAAGUGGCUCGAAGCAUUUGGCUCUUCCCUUUACGAGCUUGAUGAGGUGUCCGAGGUCUUCUCCAAGUCCACUCUCCAAGGGCUGCUUUACGUCUCGGCACGCAGCACCUUGGACCCUGAAGAGGCCAUAAGUUUCCGCAAGGUGCUGUUUGGGCUCAUCCUGAAGCGCGUUGAGACUUGGAGGAACUCCUACUUCGGCCCAUACGAGUUCCUCUCUGAUACCAUCAUUGCCGCUAUGAUCCCCAUGUGCGAGCUGCAGCCUGAUCUGGUCGGCGCUAUGGUCGCCCUCAUCCACAGCUUCAUCACCCACAGCGAGACGAGGCUGCUGGAGCGUAUCUGGACUGGGGGCCACGUGCCAUGGUUAUGUAAACGUCUGGCUGAUCAGUCCCGGGUGCAGAAGGCCGCCAUAGAGCGCAUGGCAGAGGAUGUGGCACACACGGGCAUCACGCCGACUCAGUCCAAGGAGGAGCUCCCGCACCAGAUGGCCAAAGGGUGGGAGCGCCAUGAAGACCUGGUCGUGGCGCAGGGGAUGGUCUUGCGCAUUUUGUCCAAUAUCUUCGACCUCUUCCCUGCGGAGUUCGGUGCGAAGGUCAGCAAAGAUGGCUGCAUCGUCAAGAACUGGCGCGACCACGUGACCUUCUACUGCCAUCAUGCGGGAGACUGGCCGAUGAAGGAGGACAAGGAGCUCCGAGACUCCACCGAAUCCAUCCUGGAACUGUCAAUGCAACUCGCCGGACGUCUGGUCUUCGACGUCAACGAAGACAUGCAGAGGUUGCUGGUGCAGCAAGGUAUGAUUGGUGUCUGCUCCACGAUGCUGCUGCCCACGCCGGCGCAGCAGGCGGCCAUGCGAGCUGCCAUUGGGCAGAGCGAAAGGUCCGAAGACACAUCAGAGACGCUCUUCUUGCCGGAAGCGAAGAUUCUGGCCGGUGCCGCAAUUGCCAGGCUGCUGUGCCUGCCCGAUGCAUACCGCUACAUCCAGGACCGCCGGGCUGCGAAGCACUCCGUCAGCAUGUUCUCACAGCUUCACCACUGGCGUGAUGCAGUCUUUGAUGAGCAGGGCACGGUCGCGGUGCUGCAAAGCGUCAGCCUCCUGGAAAGGUGUGCGUCGCUGUACUUGGCCAUGGUGUCUGGCCACACCCUGGAUUGGUGCUUUGACUUCCUCGGGCUGGCCCACAUGGACGUCUUCCUGCCGAUCAUGCUCCGCAUGUGGGCCGAUCAUCCAAAUCCCAUCCUGAGACACCAUGGCCUUCGUCUCUUCGGCAGCCUCUGCCAGGUACACUGCCUCUUCUCCUCCACGCUCCAAGCGGAAGCUCGCGCCAGGCAGCUGAGCCACGCGAUCCAUCGGACAUUCGGGAUUUGGGAUGUCCGCGAGCUGCGGCACAUGCUUCGCCUGAUGGUGGCAGUGAUGUGUCAUGUGCUCUUCAUCUCGACGACGAACGUCCACUUCGCGGCCAUCGUGGAGCGAACGUUGGCACGAAAAGUUGAGUGCCCCCAACUCGCCGAGACUCUGCGGAACGGUGCUGCGGCGCGUGCCAGCAGCAACACCUCCAAGUACGUGACGCGAGCCGGCUUCCUCACGCAGAUACUCGCAUGGGCCGAGAAGCCCGGCGAUCACUACGCCAGGACAUGGGGCCUGUGGUUGAUCUUGACGCUCUUUGCCCACGAAGCCAGUGAAGAGAAGCUCAAGAGCCAGGCUGAUACGCUUGAUCCGGAUGCUGUCCUGGUCAUGGAAGAGGUAUCCUUGGAAGAGGCUCAGGUCGUUCGGCGGAACCGGCUCCUAGAUGCUCAGGAGGCUGCAGCUGGCAUCACCAGCUCAACGAGACAGGAUAGCAGCAAGCAGCCCGAGUGCAAGACACGCGUCCACUGGCUCCGUGGCUCCACGGAGCUGAUUCGAGGCCUCGCUGCUUCAGCCGGCAAGUGCAUCUCGUAUCAAUGGAAGGACUCCCAGCAGCUCGGCUGCGUGGCCUCUGCUUGGUGCUUGAUCGAGCUGCCGGCAUUUGUGCAGACUGCUGUGCACUCCAUCGACAGUCGGGUGGUCUCAAAGUGUCUCACGCUCCCAGAGAAGUCCCUGCAGCUGGCAGCGUUGCUACUCAUCGCAGUGGUGUCCAGCAUCCGGCUCCCACUUAACGCCCAGAACAUUGCCAGCGAGUUCUUAAGGCGAUUCCACGGGCAGCAGCAAGUGCUGAUCGAGAGCCUCGCCAGUGGCGGAGAGGGCCCUUACGACACCAUCGCGAGGUGGCUGCACGAGCCACUUCUCGGCCUGCCCAACGAACACGAGUUCCGCUGCCUGGUGUCCUUCAUGAUCGGGCAGUGCAUCAAGCCGCCCCUGGCGGCGCCUCCCUCCCUGGACCUGGAGACGGCCAUGGCGCCAAGGGGCAAGGAGCUGGUGUCCCAGAAUGCAGUCACUCUCCCGCCGCUGGACUCGAAGGCGGGUCGCACCAACGAGGAGCCUCCUGCCCAAUCCGACGGUGGAGCUCCGGCGGGUGCUCCGCCGGUGGCGGAGUGCGGACCCCCACCUGCAGCGCUCAUAGACAAGUUAGCGCAAGAGGUGCUCAAGGAGGACCAGCGGCUGCAAGAUCUCACGGGGCCCAAAAAGGAAGGGCCCAUCUUCAGCACGAUGUUGUGUCAUCUGCUCUAUGCCUUGGCUGUGAUGGUCCCCGCGCACCCCAAGGAGGCGGCUCAGUCGGUCACCGUGCGAGGUGCCGCUUUCGCGCAGUUGAUCAAGGUGCAGCACAUCGUCGCCCAGCAGAUACAGCCGAAGGUUCUCUACGACCCAGCGGAUGCGGAUCGAGCAAAGCUUUUGCUCUACGUGAGGGCCACUGCCUGCGUGCGCUCUGCCCUGCAGUCCAUCAUGGCAUCCUGGUUUGCCGCAGACUUCGGUGCACGCUUCGUGAUCUCGGAGGAAGGCGGACAGGACUUCCUGAGGUACUGCUGCAAGCACAUCACCCAGGCCUACAACCACAAGACCGCGAUGACGAGAGUUUUGGGCACCCCGUGGGAGAGGAUCAUGCUGUCCCAAGGCCGAGCGAGCCGUUGGUUUUGUUCUGAUGAAUCGCAAGCCUUCGGCCUAGCCAUACCUAUACAGCUUAAUGGCAUAAUGUACUAG